AUGAAUAUGGGUUCUGCUUCGGUAACGAAAGUGACGUUUAAAAUAACACUAACCUCGGAUCCUAAAUUGCCUUUUAAAGUAUUGAAUGUGCCCGAAGAUGCUCCUUUUACUGCGGUAUUAAAAUAUGCAGCUGAAGAAUUUAAAGUUUCUCCGGCUACCUCUGCUAUAAUUACGAAUGAUGGCAUAGGAAUUAAUCCACAGCAUACGGCAGGAAAUAUAUUUUUGAAACAUGGCAGUGAACUUAGACUUAUUCCUCGAGAUCGAGUAGGUUUCGUGUGCGAUAACGUGAGGAUUUAAGUUUCGUCAAGUUACUUUCGUGAAUUUACCUUAUUUAUAUUUUAUUCCAUUCCAUAUUUACAAUACCUACCUUAUGUUGCUCACUUUAUACAUGAUUGUAUACAUCAGAUUAUUUGUCUGUUUAUUGAUUAAAGUUGACGAUUUGAUGAAGCUGUAGGUUGAAUCGAAAAUGUAUGAAUAAAUUUACUUAGGAUAAAUUUUGUAUUCCAUGUAUAUAUAGAUUGAAUAAUUUUGAAAAGCUCAUUUCAUUAUACUUUUUUUUUCAUGA